AUGGCCUACGUCAUAUACCAUGGGAACGGAUCGGAUAGGAACUGCACUGACGUGGAUCACCUGAUGAAGCGUUACUACCUGCCGGUCAUGUACAGCCUCAUCUUCAUUGUGGGCCUGGUGGGUAAUAUCACCUCUCUGCUGGUCUACUUUGCCAAGCUGCGGCCGUGGAAGAGCAGCAGCGUGAUCAUGGUGAACCUGGCCUCCACCGACCUCCUCUACGCCUUCAGCAUGCCCUUUCUGGUGUACUACUACACCCGCGGCGACUCGUGGAACCUGGGCGGCUUCAUGUGCCUCUUUGUGCGCUUCGGCUUCCACUUCAACCUCUACGGCAGCAUCCUCUUCCUCACCUGCCUGGCCAUAUUCCGUUAUGUGGUCGUGGUGUAUCCGAUGCGGGCGGCGGAGAUCCAGCGAGUGCGGUGGGGGGUGCUGGCCUGCGUCGCCGUCUGGGUGCUUGCCGCGGCCCAGAUCGCCCCCAUGCUGACCAUGAUCUCCAUGGUGGAGCUCAACAACAAGACCUACUGCCUGGACUUUGCCAGCAAUGACCCGGAGCAGCUGUGGUGGUAUGGCUGGCUGCUGACGGCAGUGGGGUUCCUGUUGCCCUUGGUGGUGGUAUGCGGGUGCUACUUACGCAUUGUGCGCGUGCUGGCCAAGGGGCCGCACACAAGCAGCCAGGGGAGAGUGAAGGCGAGGCGCCUCAUCGUGGUGGUGAUGGUGUGCUUCGUGGUGUGCUUCCUGCCCUACCACGUGCUGCGCGUCCUGCGAGUUUACACACGCCGCAAGACCGACUCGUCCUGCCUCAUGGAGCGCUGGGUGCACGCCGCCUACAUCAUCUCGCGGCCGUUGGCGGCCCUGAACACUGUGUUCAACCUCAUGCUGUACACUCUAGCCGGGGACCGCUUUCAGAGUGCCUUCCUCAGCCUGUUCAAGUAUCCAAAGUGUCUGUCCAAAGCCAAGACGCGUAUCAGACUAGCGGUGAUCAGCAAAGCCAGCUCCAACACAACAAAAGAGGCUGAAACAAACACAACCCAAAGUGGAAACAAUUUAUCAGUAGAAGGAAAGUGAGUGUGAGAUAGGGUUAGUUGAUGGUGGCACUCUAUGU